UUGAGAUUUAUCCAGCCAAUGGAUUUAAGUGGAGGAGUCCAGAUGUUCAGUGUGCUUCUAUGGACCGGAUUAGGUAUUUCAAUGAUUGUAAUGGGUGUUUCUUACAUGAAUGAAUGUCUCAUGCAGCCCAAAAUUUCCAUCUAUUUAAUAGUUGCUGGUACGAGCCAAAUAGCAGCCAUUAUACUCUUGCCAUUGAAACUUGUAUGUCAACAGCUAUCUGAAGUAUUGGAUGGACUUUUGCUAUUUUUUAGAUUUUGCUGGCUAAUUACAGGUAGCAUUUGGAUAUUUCCCAUGUACUUCCUGAUGUACUCUGUGGUGUGUAAUAGCAUCUUGUAUAAUUUUUCUUUUUCAAUCGUGAUCUUUCAAUAUAUAUACAUAGCUCUUUUCUCUGUGAUUCUGGUGCUUGGAAUCUGCUUCCCAGGAAUUAAGAGCCUAAGUAAAGUCUUCGUCAUCUGAACCAAGCUCCAAACACAUCUUCUGAAAACCCCAUCCAGAUAUGGUGGGAAUAAAAAAAUAUAUUACAGACUCACAGUCCUUGGGUUCCGACUGACUCUUUCCAAUAACAUUUCCUUGCUCUAAACAAUGUUUUGUAAUAUUAUUAAACUAUAUUUUAUAAUGUUGGUCAACUUCAAAUGUUCAGUUAUAAAGAUUUGUAUGUACUAUUUGUGAAAAGCAUAAUAUAUAUAUAUAUAUAUAUAUAUAUAUAUAUAUAUAUAUAUA